ACACACCCACCUGUUCGGCAACAUACGCCAACUCUACGUCGCCCUCAGGUGCGACUUUCUCGUAGCGUCUUAGUCGCGGAGUGGCGUUUUGGAUGCGUGUGUGAGUGAGACCUUCUACAUAACGAUCAGGCGCGGAAUCAGCCUUGCGGCUGCCUAGUCACCACAGCUUGGAGUGCAUCCUAGUGAUCGUCCCACGUUUUUCUCAGGUUUCCGUUGCGGUCAUUUUGCGUUGAAGACAUUCACUUUGUCCGUCUGACUCUCUAUCUUCAUUUCUCUGCCACAUGCCCUCGAGCUUCCCUAAUGGACCGCACAGACCGCUCUUUCCGGGACAGCGUACGCCAAUUGAUAAAGCGCCAACGCACCUCCAAGUCUGCAAAACCAGGCUCUGUUCUCUCACAACCAUACUCCGCCACCACCGUGUCGGAUACGCCUGAUUCAUUUUACCUCCGACCCAGAAGAACUCCGGACAGCGAUUGUGAAAACAUGGGUGGGGCCGAGUCUAAGAAGGACGUCGAGGCACCCAAGAUCUCCCUGCUGAUCCGCUUCUUCGAUCCGGAGAUCCACUCGCCUGAUGCACGAGGCCGGACUCUAAACAACAUCAUUGAGCACGGCGACAACUGGUUCGAGCAAUGCCACGAUUACGUCCAGAUGUUGUUUCCACUUCCCGAAGGAUCACCAUUCAAUUUCGCAGCCCCAGUCAUCACACGAGCUGUAUUCGAGGCUUUCAGAGCGAGGCCUGAGCUACGAGCUGAGCUCAGGAGGGCCUGGGUUCGGAUGAUGAAGUUUUACGGGUUCGAUGUUGUUCAAGAGGCCGUUAAAGAGACCAAGAGCAAAAGAGAAGCCGACAGCGAGGCUGAGGUUGAGGCUGAUGCUGAGACUGGUGCUGAUUCUAAGGUAGACAGCACGAGCGUUGAAGAAGCCAAGGACUCUAAGGACGACGGUCAAGCUCAAGAGUCCAAGGAACCUCCCGACGCUGUCCAGUCGAAUGAGACGACGACUUCUGAGCCUGUCCUUAACGAAAGCGUCAACGAAGCCGCUAGUCUAGCCCCGCAGAAGCCUAUCAAACUUGUUUUAUCAUCCAAUUAUCGAAAGGCAUUCCAGAACUGGGUUGUUCGCUUCGAUCACAACCAUCUCCGCAUCACACGCGUCCUCCGUUCUCUGCGCGUCCUGGGUCUUCAAGAAGAAUGCGAAGCCUACUUCAGCAUGCUUGUCAUGGUGUACGAAGAGUAUGGGCGUAUUAAUGAGCGCAGUCUGAUCUACUGGAAGCGCGCGGUUGAGCGGCCCCUCUGGAUUGCGCCGGAUGAUGACAAGGUGCCUUGGCUGAGGACGGCGUGCAAGGAAAUAGAAGAGGCAGAGAUGGCGGAAAAGGAGGCGAGAGAGUUGGCCGAGAAGAAGAGCAAGGAGGUUACUGAAAAGGAUGAUGUGGAUGAUCACGUGGAUCAAGCUACAGGUGGAAAGCCUCCUUUCUAUGAAGCUUCAGCGACGCCAGCCUCUGAACAAGAACCGGCCCAGAAUAAUUUGACUGAGGAGACCAAGGGUUUGCCCACGACAGAAGCUGAUAAGGCACCUGAGAGGAGCGAAGAGGCCACCGGACCCCCUGAAGAUGGGAAGUGGGACAAGAUUCGGAAAGGCGAUACGGAUAAGUGGGACGCGAUUGGCAAGACGGACGGGGAGAGGGAAACGUGAAGCUGUUUGGAAGACUCCAGAAGCUGAGAUAGCUGAUGGUUGAUAUUGGUCAACUCGUUUUCCAGCGAUGGGUGUGCAUAGACGC